AUGGAUAUUGAUCGUCGCCGUCAGGAAGCUGCCGAAUAUCGCCGCAAACCCCGGUUAAUUGAAGAUAGCGAAAUUCCAGAGAGUAUCGUGAAGGCCUCGCAACAUUUUAUUAACGAAGAAAAGGAGUCGCAAAAAGAAAAAUUCGCAUUCGAAUCGAUUGGACGUCGCAAACGCAAAGAAGUUGACUAUUCACAGGAUUUGAUGUCUGAUCGCGAUUGGCUGAGGAGUAUCGAUGAAGAUGUUGAGGAUGAUGACGAUGACGAAGCGGAAUCAAGGAAGAAGAGGCGAGGCAGGAAAGAGAGGGGAAAAAAGCGACGCUAUAUUGGUGAUGACGAUGAUGAGCCUCCGAAACGUAAGCGAGCUUCACCGGAAAUAACUUCAGUACUCAACAAACUUCAUGAAGCCCUAAUCACUUUCAAAACAAGUAGUGGCAAGCAGCUGGCAGGUGCAUUUGAGCAGCUCCCAUCCCGAAGAGAAUUGCCCGAUUAUUAUGAAAUUAUUGAGAAACCAAUGGAUCUCAAUAAAGUGAAACGAAAAAUCCGUGAUGGCAAAUAUCGUAGUGUACAGGAUAUGGGAAAUGAUAUUAGACUUCUGUGUGCUAAUGCAAGAAAAUACAAUAUUGAUGGU